AUGGAAAGGAGUGAACAUAGGAGGCGGAGGGACGAAACCACAAUAAAGAGCAAGGUACAAGGAAGGAGGUUAGGGUGGGGCGAGCGUCGUGCCGGGCGGGCCAGUGUGAGUCGGUCGGUGGUGAUGAUAACACACAUUCUCAGUCCGCGCCAUCACUCCGCGAGGUGGCGAGUGCUGAGGAGAAUGCCCCGUCGACCUCGCCUGCCCAUCCUCGUUGCCUACUUGUGCCUAUUCACGUUGGUGUUUCUGCUGUUCGUGUCUGCGCGAGGCCCUCAGCAGGAGAUCAGCGCGGGGAACGGGCCAAGCAAAGAGGCACAGCCCGGAGAUGAGGGCUCUGUAGCGAAGACGGCGACCGCGAGGGACACCAAGACGAAGGGGAGGAAGAAGGACCAGCCAGUUAAUCCACAUGAUUUUCACAUGAUGAUAAAUAACCCCAAAAUAUGCAACGGGGACAAUGCGGUAUCGCUGUUAGUGCAGGUGAGCUCGGCGCCGGGGAACUUCCACAGGCGGCGCGCCAUUCGUGACACCUGGGGGGGGUCGAGCCCGCUGGACGCGUCCGACGCCAGACUGGUGUUCCUCCUAGGGAAUCCGCGCGACAGUCGCAUCCAGACCCAGGUGGUGGAAGAGUCGCGGACGUACGGGGACAUCCUCCAAGAGGACUUCGUAGACUCCUACAUGAACCUGACGAUUAAGUCCGUGAUGGGCCUCAAGUGGGCUUCGAACCACUGCCCGCAGGCACGCUUCCUGAUGAAGACCGACGACGAUAUGUUCAUCAACAUCCCCUCGCUUCUCACGUACCUUCAGGAGGCGUCCGUGUCCACGUGGAUUACAGGCUGCAUCAAGCAGAAGAAGGCUUUUAUGCCUGUCAACGCAGAUCCCGGAGCGUCUCUCCCCCCAGGCCACCCCCCCUUUGUCGCCGGGGCAGGCUACGUGAUAUCAGGUGACCUUGUUGGGGCCCUGUACGCGGCAUCCCUGUGGCGGCGGCCUAUCCCCGUGGAGGACGUGUACGUGACGGCGCACUUGGCCCGCGACGUCGGCGUCAGCGCCCCCGUUCACGACGCACGCUUCUCCUGUGGAGAGAUGGUCGUGGACGACUGCGACCUGGUGCAGGUGUUUACUGGGCACAGGAUCUCCCCCGAGCGAAUGUACCACAUCUGGGAGAAGCUCAACCCGAACGGCAUCACGAGCCCCUGCUUCGACUUCUGAGAGCCACGUCCUAAUGGAGGCCACAGCCGUUCUCCCCGUCGUCAGCUGAAAUGACGCAUUGCAUCUAAUGUCUAACCAUGGGAAUCUUCCAAAUUUUGCCUCAAAAUUCGCCACCACUGAUCAGCUAUUUUAAGCCAUAGAUUACCGUAUGCAGCUGAACAUCUCUAGUCAUUUUCAAUUAACAGCUACUUUUACUAUAGAAAAUAUAGAUUAAUACUCAUACUUAAUAUCCAUGACUGUUAAGCUUGUUCAACGCACGCACGCACGCGCACACACAAUACACACACACACACACACACACACACACAAACACACACACACACACACACACACACACACACACACACACACACA